UGUCGGUAGUUAGAUCAGAUGUCCGACUAUGGCUGAUCUUCAGGCGCAGGUAGCAUCAGACACUCUGCACUGUAAAUACCCCUCUAACCCUCGGGUAGAAUCCGGGGACGGUGUUAUUCUGAUGCAUGAUAUUGCUGAGUAUAUGUUAGCGUAAACCGGAUAUCCGGUUGUGUGCAGCGUUAAUCCGUGUGUACGUGGCGAUAACAACGAGGAGCUUUCGAAGAUGUCCUACAGAGAAAACUGGAAAGUCCAGCAUGAGAAACUGCACGUUAAGCACCGAGGUCAUGAGGCCAUGCACGCUGAGAUGGUCCUGAUCCUCAUCGCCACGCUGGUGGUCGCUCAGAUCGUCCUGGUCCAGUGGAAACACCGACACUGCAGAUCCUACACCUUAGUGACGCUCCUGCAGAUGUGGGUGGUGCCUCUGUAUUUUACCAUAAAGCUGUACUGGUGGCGUUUUUUGUCCACAUGGGGCAUGUUCUCUGUCAUCACCAGCUACGUGAUAUUCAGAGCCACACGUAAACCUCUGUCUGGCAGAACACCCAGGAUGGUGUAUAAAUGGUUCCUGCUGAUUUACAAGCUGAGCUACGCCGUCGGAGUUCUCGGUUACCUCGCCAUUAUGUUUACGCUGUUCGGGUUCAACGUUUUCUUUAGGAUCAGAGCGGAGGACUCGAUGGACGUGGGCGUGAUCAUGCUGUUCUACGGGCUGUACUACGGCGUGAUGGGACGAGACUUCGCUGAAAUCUGCUCCGACUACAUGGCGUCCACUAUCGGGUAUUAUAACAUGGGCGGAAUGCCGUCUCGGAGCCUGUGCCAUGAUAUCUGUGCGGUGUGUGGACAGAAGACGUUAGUGGACGUGGACGAGGAGGGGGUCGUGGAGGACACGUACCAGCUCUCCUGCAAUCACGUAUUUCACGAGUUCUGCAUUCGCGGCUGGUGCAUUGUGGGAAAGAAGCAGACGUGUCCGUACUGCAACGAGAAAGUCGACCUGAAACGAAUGAUGAACAACCCCUGGGAGAGGACACACGUCCUGUACGGCCAGCUGUUGGAUUGGCUCAGAUACCUGGUUGCUUGGCAACCGAUUAUUAUCGGCGUUGUGCACGGGAUAAAUUUUUCACUCGGUCUCGAGUAAAGUGUGAUUAAGCUUCUUUAAACGGUCUGUAGCUGUUUACUGCUGAAUUAUUUAUUUACAAAUGAUAACUUAAUGUAGGACAUUUCUUCUGUAGCUUUUUAUUUGUUUGAUAAACGACACGGCAGCCUUGAGAAUCGCCUCAGACUUUAUCGUUUAUAAUAAUUCUCCGUACACACCUUAUAAGUGGCCUUUAUUACUCCUCCUGGAGCGUAUUAUGGUCUGUUGUACACUCAUUACACCACAGCACUGUUCAAUCCUGGACUGUGAUUGGUCAGAACGUGUUGAUCACUUUUCUGUUACAGCAACUCUGACUGUAGCACAGGUUCAUAUUAACACGCUCGUUCUAAUACGUUAUCGUUUCCAUAGUAACGGCUCGUUCAGAGGGACGUCACAGGGCUUCAGUGAUAAUAAACGGAUUAAAACGUAUUGUGUGUAAUCGUCAAUGUGAAGUUUUCUAUAAGGAAGCGUUUAUUUAACAUUUAUGGAAGGAGUCUCCAGUGUCAGCACAUUGGAAAAAAAGAGAGCGAGAGAGAAUAGAGACUGUGAGUAAAGAGAGAGAAUAGAGAGAGAGAAUAGAGAGAGAGAAUAGAGACUGUGAGUAAAGAGAGAGAAUAGAGAGAGAGUAAAGAGACUGUGAGUAAAGAGAGAGAAUAGAGAGAGAGUAAAGAGACUGUGAGUAAAGAGAGAGAAUAGAGAGAGAGUAAAGAGACUGUGAGUAAACAGAGAG